AAAGUCUUAAACUUGCUCAGCUCGUACCCUUCAUUCAUUUCAUUUCUCUAUCUUUUUUUUCCCUCUUUCUCUUCUUUCUCUCUCUUAUCUUUUUUUUUGCCCUAUCUAAUAGGGUUUCCAUGCUCUUGAAGCUCUAAUCUCUCUCAUGCAUUCAAGUUUUGAAGCUUUAAACUUUGGUUUGUUGACGUUUAUUGUCCUUGGAUUUCUCUUUUUUGCUCUCUUUGGAGGGUUUUUUGGUGUUAGACGUUGCUGCGGAUUUGACCUCCCGGGGUUUUUUGACUUGUGCUCAUGUCUAAGCUCUGUGGAUUUGCUGGAGAUGACGAUUUUUGCCCUGGGGGGUCAAUAUACACAAACCCCAAGGAGCUCGGCCUCUUUUUGUCCCUUGGUCAUCAUGUGGAUGUGUAUUUUCCUUCCCGCAAGAGGUCUCGCAUCAAUGCUCCAUUUGUUUUCAGUGGAGAGAGGUUUGAGAAGAAAAAGCAGGCAUCUAUUGAAGUUCUGCCAGAUGAGUGUCUCUUUGAAAUCUUCAGACGUUUGCCAGGAGAGGAAAGGAGUGCCUGCGCUGGUGUUUCAAAGCGCUGGCUUGGUCUUCUGAGCAAUUUGUCCAGGGAUGAGCUUUGCAGCAAGAAAACUACCCAAUUGUUGGAUGAAUCAGCUAAAAAGAAUGUUGAGGUGAAAUCUGAGGCUGAAGAUCAAGAGAUUGAGGGUGAUGGUUACCUCUCCAGGAGCUUGGAGGGAAAGAAGGCCACUGAUAUUAGACUUGCAGCAAUUGCUGUUGGGACAGCUACUAGAGGGGGUUUAGGGAAGCUCUCUAUUCGUGGAAGCAAUUCUAGCUGUGGAGUGACAGCUGUAGGCCUGAGGGCGAUUGCCCGUGGCUGUCCUUCCCUUAGGGCUCUUUCCUUGUGGAAUUUACCUUUUGUCAGCGAUGAAGGUCUGUUUGAGAUUGCUAAUGGCUGUCACAUGCUGGAGAAGCUUGAUCUUUGUGGAUGUCCUGCAAUUUCUGACAAGGGUUUGCUUGCAAUCGCAAAGAACUGCCCUAAUUUGACUGAUCUGACUAUAGAAUCAUGUGCAAAAAUUGGGAAUGAAGGCUUACAAGCUGUUGGCCAAUAUUGUACAAAUCUAAAAUCCAUCUCCAUCAAGGACUGCUCAGCUGUUGGGGAUCAAGGAAUUUCUGGCCUUGUGUCUUCAACCACAUAUUAUCUGACAAAGGUGAAGCUCCAGGCUCUGAACAUUACUGAUGUUUCUCUAGCUGUUAUUGGACAUUACGGCAAGGCAGUUAGUGAUAUUGUCCUCACCAAUCUCCCAAAUGUGAGUGAGAGGGGGUUUUGGGUCAUGGGUAAGGGUCAUGGCUUACAGAAGUUGAAAUCCUUCACAGUUACGUCAUGCCGUGGAGUGACAGAUGCUGGGCUUGAAGCCGUAGGAAAGGGUUGCCCGAAUCUAAGGCAGUUCUGCCUUCGCAAAUGCACCUUCUUAUCUGACAAUGGGCUGGUCUCAUUUGUAAAAGCUGCAGGAUCACUGGAGAGCCUGCAAUUAGAGGAGUGCCACAGGAUCACCCAACUUGGGUUUUUUGGUUCCAUUUUGAACUGUGGUGCAAAAUUGAAGGCUCUUGCCCUGGUAAACUGCUUGGGAAUUAGAGACCUAAAUCUAGGAUCACCUCAGCUAUCUCCUUGUGAAUCACUGCGAUCAUUGAUCAUACGUAACUGCCCAGGUUUUGGUGAUGCGAGUCUCUCUCUUUUGGGGAAGUUGUGCCCUCAAUUACAGCAUGUGGAAUUGAGUGGGCUUCAGGGAGUAACUGAUGCUGGGCUUAUCCCAUUACUUGAUAGCUGCGGGGCUGGUAUGGUGAAGGUCAAUCUUAGUGGUUGUCUGAAUUUGUCUGACAAAGCUGUGUCAGCAUUAACUGAGCAGCAUGGUUGGACUCUUGAAGUGCUGAAUCUUGAAGGAUGUGAGAAAAUUACUGAUGCUAGUUUGGCUGCAAUUGCAGAGAACUGCUUCUUGCUUAGUGAGCUUGAUGUCUCAAAAAGCGCGAUUUCCGAUUCUGGGCUUAUGGUCCUGGCUCGUUCAAAGCAGCUUAAUCUACAGAUCUUUUCAGCAUCUGGUUGCUCAAUGAUAUCAGACAGGAGUUUACCUGCCCUUGUAAAACUGGGCCAGACCCUCCUGGGAUUGAAUCUUCAGCACUGCAAUGCCAUCAGCACCAGCGCUAUCGAUCUACUUGUGGAGCGUUUAUGGAGGUGUGAUAUCCUUUCCUAAGCAUGGAAGGAUGAUGAUUAAUUUCGUUCCAAAAUUAGGAUCAUGGACACAAAAGAUGGGGUUUAAAGUAAAUCAGCCUGGAUCUAGUCAGCUUUGUGAGUAGCAGCAACUUGUGUAGUUUUUGGGUCCAUCAGCCAUGGGUCUUUUAACUUCUUUUAGUCCUCAGUUCCCUUUUUCCUGGGAUUAUGGCCAUUGAUCCCCUUUUUUGGCAGGUUUCCUUCAAUUGGAAACCUGUUAUAAGUAUUUUAGCCCUGACAAUGUCAUGGUUUAACUUUCAUCGUGGCCAUAACUCCCUGAGAAUACAGUCAACUGGGUUCUGCUUUUUAGUCUUUCAUCAUUGUUUCCUGUUUCAGGGUUUUGAUGCCUGGUGUUUUAGCUUUAGCCUUGCAUGUGUGUUAUUACCCAUGCUUCGGCUGAAGUUUCAAGUGUCCUGCCAGUGUCCGAGUCUGUUUAUUGCGAGUCUUCCAUGUUUUUGUAAUCAUGUUUCGAACGUGAUGGUUGGGUCUGUUUACCUCAAAGGGUGGGGAUUCAUAAAGAGUCAGUUGUUAUGGUUGCUGUAGGCAGUUUGAGAUAUGGGGCCUUGUGGUCGUGGGCUUUGGCCAUGGCAGCAGAUUAUAGAGUCUGCCAUGACAACCUUUCUCCAUCAAAUGGAGGGGUUGUUUUUUCCUCGUUUUUAUCCAAGCCCUUGUUUUACAGGCUUCAUUUCCUCGUGAACUGUAUUUUGCAACCAAAUUAUCAUGUAAUGAAAAGUAUAUCCGCCCUUUGUGUUGUA